UCUUGUCGAAAUGCGUUCCCGUUUGCACCAGCAGCUAGGACGCUGCGCCGCCUGCACCAAGAACUGGCUGUUGACCUUUGGCUGGCUUCUGCUUUGGCUAAUUCGCGCUGUGAGCUCUCGCCUACGCGAUGUGGCCGCACAGGCGGGCGCCGAGACUAGUUUGUUGGCCAUACGAUUGACUGUGAAUCGUAGACUGCAUAUAACUGAACGGCUGCUCUGGCUGUUUGUUCUGGUGGGCAGCGUCUUUGCCGUCUACAUGCUCAGCGAGCUGCAGAUCGCUAGAUACGUUAAUUCACCCACGGUCAUCUCGGUGGAUCGUGAUUAUCGUGGCUGGAAUGGUUCGCUGCCUGCUGUCACCUUAUGCUACUACGAUCACAUCGAUUCCUUUAAGGCCAAUGAGCUGAUACAGGACAUGUGGAAUGUGUCCAUCAUUGAUGAGGAUUACUUUUACAUCAUGGACUUCUUGUAUGCCGUUGUUAACGCCACGGCCAGCAACUAUGCUGAGCUCGCGAAAUUCGCCAGUGAUGAGCGCUUCGAUCAAGUGGAUCUCUAUGAGAUUAUACAGACCAUAAAUCGUCCUUUUGAGCAGGUCAUCAGCAGCUUUGAUGCGGACUUUGAAGUGAAUGUGGAGAUGGUGAUGACGGAGCGUGGCUGCUGCUAUGCCAUCAAUUCGCCCAUGUCCAGAAUGCUGGGCAAGAAAGAAGUGGAUUAUGACCAAUUACCGCAACCCCUGACCUGCCAAUUUGGCAAGCAGCAAUGCUUUAUUCGCAUGGAUCUGUACGAGAGCACGGGAGUGCUGGACGUUCAUUCACCCUAUGAAGUAUCCGCCUCGGAGGCAAAUAUUAUUUCACUACAGAAAUCCGAUGAAAUUACUGCCUCGUUUAAGGUGUUGGAGACGGUCGCUUCCAAUAAUCUCCGUGAACUAAGCGUAGAACAGCGUAAAUGCGUCUUCAAUGAUGAGGAAACCUCCAAUCUUAAGGUUUACAGCAAGUCCUUGUGCUUGGCGCGCUGUCGUGCCAUCAUGGCAUUGGAAAUGUGCAAUUGUGUGCCCUUCUUCUAUCCCUUUGUCCAGGGACCAUCUUGUAAUCCAGCUGGAUUUGAAUGUCUUUUGGAUUUUAAGUGGCCCAUUUGGGCGUUGCACAUUUGUAAAUGUCCCUCGACUUGCACUGAAAUUGAAUAUACCAUGCAGACGGUCAAGAAAAGCUCGUGGGGCAUGAAGGGCAAUGAGGAGACAGCGGGCAUCGACAUGGCUACAUCUAGCUUUCGCUGGGAUCUAAUACCACCCAAAGUACGCUUUCGACGCGAUGUCGUCUUUAGCUUUGAGGAUCUUAUUGUGUCCUUUGGUGGCGCUCUGGCCUUGUUUGUGGGCAUCAGUGUCAUGGGUCUGGUGCAAAUGGGCUAUGUCAUAAUCUUCAAUAUUUUGCUGGACAUCAUUAAGCUUCUACGCUUUAUUCACACAUUAUAUUUACGAGCCCGCUACCGACGUCGAGCUACUAAGCCCGAAAGUCCCGUUUACAGCAAGGACAAUAUUUCUAGAGCCGAAACAGCAGAGAUACCUUUGUUUGAAUAUGUUAACUAAUAGAUGUUUGUCGGC